UUUUGUAUUUUAUUGUAAACAUGACGCAACGUGGUACUCCUUUAUACUUAUUAAUUAUUUUUAGUAAGACAGUCGCCAUGCAGGUCAUAGUCACGUAAUAAUGCACAGUGGGUGAAAUAAAUGCUAACAAUAGAUAGAACAAGGGAAAGGAAUAAGAAUUUUUCAUUAACCUAACAAGGAGUUAUGACUCAUUUCGUGGCAGCGUUAUUAUUAUUUGUUUUCGAUUUGACUGCCUCCAAUUAAUCUCUGGCUAGCCAUCUUUUGGUGCACACACACUCGCAAAUAAUAUUGUUUCCGCAAUCUCUGUUUAUGUUUUUUUUUCAUUUUAGUUUUUUGCUUUAUCGCGAGAAACAAGUGUUCCUCUGCCCUCGCGGACUAUUUGUGCAUGAUUCUUUUUUUUGGAGCUCACGUCAUUGCCGACACCCAGCACCUUUUUUCUAUUUAUUUUUCUAAGAUUCGAACUUGAGCGCAUUACACUCGCGAAAAAGAGUCAGAACGGAGUUUUUCUCUAAUCUCGGGUACUGCCAGAAUUGUACAUACUUGAAAAUGUCUGAAAACGCAAGUAGUUCAAACAUAGAUGACAAAACUUCAUCUGCUAUGACUCAGUGCUAUGAAAAUUAUGUGCUAGUUGAUGUCGGAGCAAACCUUACUAAUAAAAAAUACAACCGUGAUUUGGAUAGUGUUGUACAAAGAGCCAAAGAUGCAGGAGUACAAAAAAUAAUGGUAACUGGUGCAAGUAUACGUUCUAGCAAAGAAGCAUUGCGCUUGACAAGAAUUUACCCUGGCAAUUUGUAUUCGACUGCUGGGGUUCAUCCACAUGAUGCUAAAUCUUGGGAGGACUCAGAAACACUGGAAGAGUUAGAAAGUAUAGCUAAAAAUCCAGAGUGUGUUGCUAUAGGAGAAUGUGGAUUAGAUUACAAUAGAGACUUCUCCGAACCAGAAAUACAAAGAUCUGUUUUUGAUAAGCAAGUGGAGUUGGCUUGUCGGUUGAAUAAGCCUCUUAUUAUUCAUGAAAGGGGAGCACAAGGAGAUGUCUUAGAAGUUUUGAAUCGCUACAUAAAAUGCUUGCCUCCAGUUCUCAUUCACUCUUUUGUUGGCACUGCAGAGGAGGCGCAACUUUAUCUUGAUCAAGGUUUUUAUUUGGGUAUCACAGGGUAUUUGUGUAAAGAUAAAUCGGACAGUGGUGUUAGACAAUUGUUGGAGGAGGGUCUUGUGCCAUUAGACAGAAUUCUUGUAGAGACUGAUGCGCCCUUCAUGUACCCUAAUACUCGCGCAAGUAAGUUACCGGCCCACGUUAAGGACGCUUUGACGGCGCGAUCUUUGACAUUUUUACUACGCUACUGCACCUUUCAGCGUAACGAGCCUUGUGCGUUACCCGCUAUAGUUGAAAUGGUCGCAGCUUUUAUGCGCAAAUCGCCGGAAGAAGUAGCGCUUGCUACCGCUUUUAAUGCUCUAAAAUUGUUCGGUCUAGAUCAAUGAUGGUCGAUAAAACGACGCGCUAUUGGUGCUAGUUUAUGGCGUUACCAAAAUAAUUGUCAUUCAUUGAUAUUAUAGUUUUUUUACGCUUUCACUUGCGGUUAACGAUUUAUAUUUUACAAGCAUGUAGACUUUAUAAUACUAAUUUUUAUAUUCAUAUUGAUCUUUAUUUAAUUUUCGUGUCCUUAUUGUAAGCAAGUUGUUUUAUUGAAUCACUUUUUUGUCUUUGAUGCUUAAAAAAUUUAAGUAUAACAUAUUUUUUUAAAAGCUUUUAUGUUUUAUUGAAUUUAGUAUGUUGUAAAAAUAUGACAAAGAAUGUAUUUCUAUAUUGAAUUUGGACUGAAUGAUAUAUUUUGAAAUGUAUAAAAGCCGUUAUUUAAUGGAAAUAUGUAAAAUC